AUGGCAAAAAUCUAUGGCGAUUGGGACCAGUCUUAUGCUUAUUUGCCCAAAUGGUUUAAUUACAUGCUGACAUUUUCGGAGGGUUCUGUUUACCACAUUCAAACAAAUGACUACAUGGAAAACCAUCGUGUUGUGAAUGGCUACCGGGUUUUCCAUAGAGUUUUCUGGACUUUCAAGCAAUGUUGUGACGCGUUCAACUUCUGCAAACCUGUUAUACAAGUUGAUGGCACUCAUUUAUAUGGGAAGUAUAAAGGUACAUUAUUGAUUGCCACAACGCAAGAUGGAAACGAUGAAGUAUUACCUUUGGCAUUUGCAGUCGUAGAAGAAUCUCACUAUUUGUCUCUCAUCUUGAGAUUCCGAUCCAAUAAUAUUAAAGAUGUGUAA